AUGAUUGUACUUUCAAAAACUGAAUCAAUCGUUAUUUCACCAAAUAUGAAACAUGUCGUUACUCAACAUGCCGAUGAUUCAUUGGCUAUAUGGGACGUUGAUAUUGAUGCUAAAACAAUCAAAUUUGUCAAUUUCGACGUGAACAAAAUAUUUAGUAGGGGACUUAGGUACAAGAUACUAGAAUUAUCAAACGAUAAAUUAUUGAUUUUUGGAGGUGGAUAUCAUAAAGUUAUCGGAACUAUUGAACCGCAUGAAGAAAUAGAAAUUCAUGAAAACUGGCACGCCUUUGAUGCAAGUUUUCUUCCAAAUGGAGACCUUUUAACAAUAUAUCAUCGGGAUAUAUACGUAAAUUCAAAGGAAACUUUGAAAAAAUCAAAAAACACGUGCUCAUAUAAAUUAACGUGUGAUGUCAAGAUGAUCAAAGCUAAUCGUAAUGUUGAAAAUAAUGAAAUAAUUUUUUUGAUAAGCAGUCGUAGUAAAUCUCUGCUACAAUUAAACACUAAAAAAAUGAAAAUUGAAAAUUACUAUGACAUUCCUAACGUUAAUCACUAUAUGGAAAAUGUUGAGGGGGCGGUAAAUGUUGAGGGAAGUUUGUUUGCAAUAUGUUACGACGACGCUAUAACCGUAUUUUCAAUGAAGAAUGGAAUUUCAAUUGCAUCAAGAAAAUUCAAGUAUGGUAACCAGCAUCCGAAUAUGCAAUUUAUAAACAUCAAGAAUACUGAAAUUUUGAUGUUACAUCAAUAUAAUAAUCAGGAGCGCAAAAUUGAAUACACGAUUAUGUCGCCUUAUGAUCUUUCAUACGUAUAUGAAGGUGAAUAUGAUCUUAAGGAAUUCUCUUGUGAUGUUGCGUACAAACUUAAGGAUAAUUACAUGGUUAUAGAAACUUUGACACAAUGUCUAAUCAUGUUUCCUACCGAGAAUCAAAUAAAAUUAAUCGACUUUAACAUUCCUGUGAAUAAGUUAUAUGAUCAGAUGAUGCAUAAUCACGACCUAUUUCUUUAUUCUAGUUUCAAUGACUUCAAAGAUGUUAAAAUAGAUAAGAUCGAUAAAAGCCUCAGUUGUGAAGGGAAAUACUUGAGAUGGGAAUAUGAGAAUAGAAAGUUGAAAGUUUAUAAAUUAGGUCAAAUGCAAGUUCAGCAAGAAAUUGUAUUCAACAGUGGAAACAUUCAACAUCUUCAAAUUUUAAGUAAUGAUGAUGUAAUAUUAUAUGAAUUUUAUUAUAAUCAACAUUACAUUAAUGUUUUUAGCUUUAAUGAAACAACCAAAAAGAUUUUUCAUAGAUAUUGUUAUAAAAUUGAUGAAUUACACGAGAAAAAAAGCCUUCCAAACCCAAGCUUAGUAAAAAUUUUCGAAAUUAAGAAAGAUAAUAUUUCAUUACAGGUAACAUUUCUAGAUUUUAGAAAGUAUUUUGUAGAAAUGAUUGAUGAAAUCAUCAAUAUGGCUAUUAAUAAAAGGAUGUAUGCAAAUUAUGAAAAGACAUGUGAAGAGUUUUUAGAUUUGUUGCUUAACAAGUUAUUUGAAAAUGUAGAGAGGAAUUAUAGAAUCUAUGAUAUUUUCACAAAAUAUCUGCCAGUUUUAAAUUCAUAUGUUCCUAAUGUUUAUUCAAAGUUCAUUUCGCUUACCUCACUUAUUCCAAAUACAAUUAUCAAUAUACCUGAUUCAACCGAACAAAUGAAAUUGGUCGGUUAUACUUGUGAAGGUAAAGUAUAUAGCCGUAGAGAAGAUGAUGUCAUGCAACGAAUUUUUAAAAUCAAUCGAUUCUUUCGAAAGUUUAUACAUUAUGAAUAUUAUAGUCUAAAAAGAAAAACUUUUAUUAAAUUUGUCGUACCUUACACGGGUUUUACAAAGUAUCCACCUGAUUACGAUUACUGGAAGGAAUUAUAUAGACCAGAAAAAAGCCCAUUCGUUAUAUUAGUUAACGAAACAUUUUGCGAUAGUUGGAAUGCUGAGGCAAUAAUUAAUUUCAAAUGGGACAAAUUUGGAAGAUUAUAUUAUUAUCUCUUUUGGGUAUAUUUUACCAUGUAUUUGCUCAAUUUCGGAAUAGGUUCAACAUUGUCUCCAUCUAUUAUGAACAAUGAUACGAGAAAGGCUUUUUUAAUUGUCAGCAUAGUUCUUGGUUUAUCACUUAUUGUUCACGAAAUUAGACAAUUUUUAUGGGAUCCUAAAAAGUAUAUCAAAGAUGUAUGGAAUUGGUUUGAUCAAAUUUAUAAUUUGGACGAACCUUUACAAAAUGCCGAUCCGAAUAAUCCCUGGAAUCUCGUUACGAAAUAUCAAUCAGUUUCUCCAAAUGACAAGAUCAAUUCCGAAACAACUUUAAUUCAACAGCCUGAUUCUAAAUUGAAUCAGUUUUCCACUUAUCAAACUUCACUCUUGGCCAUGUAUUUGUUUUUAACGGGAGAUUCAUCAGCACUUAGCUCAUGGACUUAUCAGGAAAAUCCGUUCAUGACGAUUCUAUUAGUCAUGUUUUCAUUCUUGAUUGUAGUUUAUCUCAUGAAUUUAUUUAUUGGUUUGCUUAACUUAGAAAUUGAAAAUAAUAGAACACAUUUCCUGUUUAUGCUUGAAAAAGCAAAAAUUUUGGUUGAGAUUGAGCUUUUUUUCCUACUUCCAAAUCAACGAAGGUGGGAGCAUUGGUUUCCGGAUGUCUUAUACUAUGAUGUGCCGAUUGAAGACGUACAACAAAAGAUUAAAGAUAUAGAUAACAAUCCAGCAUUGUAUAAUUCACCAUAUAUUUCUGACGAAUUAAGAAAGAAGGCCAAUUUGUAUGUUCCUAAACAAGAAGAUCUAAUGUCAAAAACUGAUUACAAAGACUUAGUAAUUAGAUUAGAUGAAAUUAAGACAUUUUUAAAUCUAGAUAAAAAUGUUGUUGAAGAUGGUGUUAAACAUAAGUCAGAAAAAAGUGAUGUUAUAGUAGAAAUUAAAUAA